AUGAACUCAACCCGCCGAAACAGCGAGGCUCAGCAAGAUGAUCGUCCUGUGGUAAAAAUCACCGAUCUAUGUGUCGGUUGUAUCGUCUGGCUCCCUGCGAAAAGCGAGCUUAACGGUGGCAUCAAAUGCACCUGUACCGGCUGUAUCCAAGCCGUUGACUUGGAAGAUCCGGGGUACAAUCACCCUGUUCUGGUUGUUCGGAUACAACUCAGCGAUAACCUUGCUGAGACUGUCUGUGACGUCCUGACGACAUUUACUGAUACGAGCAUUUCAAAAUACAUCAAACGCAUUAACCGCAACUCUGGUCACCCUAUCGAACAAUCCAUAUCAGUCCACCACCCUGAGUCUGAGGCGGUACAGAUACCCCAGCUUCACCUCGAAAAAGGGAAACUCCGAAAACAAUCUUAUCUACGACUUCAACAUGUUUAUGAAGUCAAAGUCACGUGUUUGAGGACUUAUAACUGGCGCUACUCCCAAGGACCGAAACUGAGGCUGAGAGAGGAGAGUUAUGAGGCCUUGAUGGGGAGGUUGGGGGCUGAUGCCGAGGAAUGGGUGGAGACGGAUAUGGUGGCGAGCGUCAUGCGAUUGAAAGUGAGGGAGGCCGAGGCGAGGACUCCGAGGACACAAAGAGCAUUGCUGGCAAGCGUACCGGCUGGGGAUUGGCCGUCAGUGAGUGGUAGGACAAUACCUACGCCAGUAACGGGAUUGCAGAGAAGUUAUAGCGCUGCUGCUGCUGGGAGGAUGCCGCAACCUGCGAGGGUUCCACAGACGGCAUAUAUUCCUGUGAGAUAUCCGCAGUCGACUUAUGGAUCGGUCGGAGUGCAGCAAGGGAGUUACGGGUCCGAUGGAGUGUAUCAAUAUGGAUAUGCAGCACAACAACCGAAUUAUACGUAUGUCUCGCCAGUACUGCCUGUGGAGAAUCACACUGGUUAUGAAACUCGGGGGGCAGAGGAUGCGCCGUCUACCCCGGAAGACGAGGGACCUGGCUGGGGUCUUACGAUCUUUGUUAGCGUGGUGGUGUGUACUGUGUUGUAUUUAUGGAAGAAGUUGUGA